CUAAUUAAUACACAUGGCAAUACUUGAUAACUUUUGUCAGAAAAACUGACGCUUCCGGUCCUUUCAUUCCUUCGUGGCAUGGCGGAUGGUCUUUACCGCCGCCUAUAGUGUUUUUUAGGAGGAAUAACCUCGCUUAAAAAGCGAAAAAUGAGUCUAUCAGUAGCCCGACCGCUAGUGUCGGUGUACUCGGAGAAGAGUGAGAAAGUAGCGGAUGUGUCCGUGCCUCUGCCGUUCGUGUUCAAGGCGCCCAUCCGCCCGGACCUCGUGAACGAUGUACAUGUCUCCAUGUCCAAGAACGCAAGACAGCCCUACUGCGUCAACAAGGAGGCUGGUCAUCAAACGAGUGCUGAGUCAUGGGGUACCGGUCGCGCCGUAGCGCGUAUCCCGCGUGUCCGUGGUGGAGGUACCCAUAGGUCUGGUCAGGGUGCGUUCGGUAACAUGUGUCGUGGUGGUCGCAUGUUUGCGCCGACCAAGCCGUGGCGGCGCUGGCACCGCCGCGUCAACCUGCGCCAGCGCAGAGCCGCCGCCGCCGCCGCUGUUGCUGCCGCAGGCGUCCCUGCGCUUGUGCAGGCUAGAGGUCACAUCAUUGAGAAGAUUCCAGAACUGCCCCUGGUGGUCUCGGACAAGGUCCAGGAGAUCAACAAGACUAAACAGGCAGUCAUCUUCCUGAGACGCGUCAAGGCCUGGUCUGAUGUCCUUAAGGUGUACAAAUCGCAACGCCUGCGCGCCGGUAAAGGAAAGAUGCGCAACCGCCGCCGCGUGCAACGCAAGGGACCUCUCAUUGUAUUCAACAAGGACCAGGGCCUGACCCGCGCCUUCCGCAACAUCCCCGGCGUGGAAAUGCUCAGCGUGAACAAACUGAACCUGCUUAAACUGGCGCCCGGCGGCCACGUCGGACGCUUCGUCAUCUGGACACAAUCUGCUUUCGAGAGGCUGGAUUCCCUAUUUGGUUCAUGGAAGACACCCUCAAAGGAGAAGAAAAACUUCAACCUCCCACAACCCAAGAUGGCCAACACCGACCUAACCCGCCUGCUCAAAUCCGAAGAGAUCAGGAAAUGUCUGCGAGCACCCAAUAAGAGAGUGGUUCGCGCGACACGCAAGCUCAACCCGCUGGUCAAUGCCAAGGCAAUGCUGCGUCUUAACCCGUACGCAGCUGUAAUGAAGAGGAAGGCAAUUCUCGACCAGCAGAGGACUAAGAACGUGAGAGCACUUGCUCUGGCGGAGAAGCGUGGAAUCAAACUACCCGACUCCGAUCCAGCAGUCAGAGCCCAAAAACUACGCGAAAACAGAGGAAAGUCCAUCCGUUUGGCGCUGUCCAAUAAACCCAAGAAGCCCGUUGCCAAGAAAACCCCCCCUCCACCCAAAAAGGUGAAGAAGGUGGAAAAGGCCAAACCCAAGAAGGCAGCCGUCGCUCCUGCGCCCAAAAAGUGAACGAAAUAAAAAGUUUAUAGAAAUAUAA